UAUUUUUCAAUAGUCAAAACCAGAGAAAAUUAGACUUUCUCUCUCUCUCUCAUUCAUUCAAUCCACGCGUCUUCGUCUUCUACUACUACUUCUAUUGUCAUCGUCAUCAUCUCCUUCAAAUCUACCAGACCAGUUCAUCAUUUGAGGGUUUUGUGAUUUUGUGAAUUUGGAUUUUGUGAAUUUAAUCUUUUUCGAGGUUCUGGUGAAAUUGGGUAUUCUCAAUUCAAUUAUUUUCAGGGUUUUGGGAAUUUCGGUAUUUUCUGAAUUCAAUUAAUUUUCAGGGGUUUGUUGGGUUUCUAUAGGAGAGAGAAAAUAUGGGAGGAGCUUGUUCAGUUGGGACGAUGGGAGGCAGGAUUAGUUCAGAAGAAUUGGAGCAGAAAUUAGAGAUGAAGGAGCAAAAUCACAACAAUAACAGCAUUAACAAUAAGUUGAAGAGGAUUAAAAGCUUUGGAAAUUUGAAGAAGAAGAAAAACAGAAAUUCCGAUGAUGAUCCAAUUGCUUCUUCUCCUCAGAGGUUUUAUUCCGGCGAGUUGAGUUUUUCCGGCGAUCUUAAGGCUCCACCCAGAGGAUCGUCAUUUAUAGGUAGAGCUAGCUUUGCUGGACUAGAGAAGGCUGUUGAUGUCUUGGAUACACUUGGAAGUGGAAUGACAAACUUGAGUCAUAGUGGAUUUCUGACAGGCAGGGUGGCCAAGGGGAACAAAAUAUCAAUAUUGGCAUUUGAAGUAGCAAACACAAUCACACGAGGAGUGAAUCUCAUGCAAUCUCUCUCCAAGGAAAAUGUCAACUUCAUAAAGGAGGAGGUUAUUCCCUCAGAAGGGGUUCAGUACUUGGUUUCUUCAGACACUAAGGUGUUGCUAAGUUUGGUUGCUUCAGACAAAAGGGAGGAACUUGACGUCUUUUGCAAAGAAGUGAUCAGAUUUGGCGACCGUUGUAAAGACCCACAAUGGCAUAACUUGGAUCGGUUUUUUCAAAAUUUGGAUUCCGAAAAUGCGGUAUACAAACCUCAAAGAGAACAGGUAGAAGCCAAAAUGCAAGAUUUGAUGACUUUAGCUCAUAAUACCUCUGAAUUGUACCAUGAGCUGAAUGCUUUUGACAGAUUUGAGCAGGAUUAUAGGCAGAAGGUUGAAGAAUUGAAGUCCUUAAAGUUGCCUCGCAAAGGAGAGCAUCUCAUGAUGUUAGACAGUGAGCUAAAACAACAAAAGAAGAUUGUAAUGAGCUUGAAAAAAAAAUCUCUUUGGUCAAAGAAAUUGGAGGAGGUUAUUGAGAAGCUUGUCGACAUUGUUGCCUUCAUACAUCAAGAGAUUACAGAAGUGUUUGGAGCAGGUGGAGUAAUAGCUGGAGAAGAGGCUGGUAUAGGUGCACAGAGACUAGGUCCUGCUGGUCUUGCCUUACAUUAUGCAAAUGUUGUUAACCAAAUUGACAACGUUGCAUCCCGGCCUAGUUCUCUCCCCCCUAAUAUAAGGGAUACAUUGUAUCGUGGAUUGCCAGUUAGUGUCAAGACUUCUAUGCGUUCCAGUUUGCAGAAAAUCCGCACCAAUGCGGAGCUUGAAGUUCCUCAAAUAAAAGCUGAAAUGGAGAAGACUCUUCAAUGGCUUGCUCCCAUGGCGUCAAACACUUUAAAAGCGCAUCAAGGUUUUGGUUGGGUUGGAGAGUGGGCCAAUUCCAGCAAUGAAAAAAAGAUGGCAGGAAAUGGCAACUUAAUCCGUCUUCAAACUCUGUAUCAUGCAAAUAGGGAGAGGAUAGAUGGUCACAUCCUGACGCUUGUGACACUGCUUCAUCAGUUGGUUAGCGGGAUGAAACAGAGAGAUUAUGGGCUCAAGACUUUACCACUGCUGCAAUCUCCUAGCAAAAAGAUUCUGGUGCUCAGCUCACCAUCAAAGAGAUUCCCAUCUCUACAUGAUGAUAACAAACCUCUAAGAGUUGAGCUGACCGAGGAGGACCGGAAUUUGCUAGAAAUAAUGAGCAGAUCAAAACGUACUACUCCUGGAAUUAGCAAAAGUCAAGAAUUUGGCAAGACAUCUCAGAGGAUGGGCAAAUCAUGGACAUGGAGUAAGAGUAGUGAAAGUUCACCAUACAAGGAGCCGAGAUCUCUUUGCACUGUCAACUAUUAUGAUAUUGGCUACUUGGACGUGAUGAGUGGUGGUAUCGAAGCACCGUUUUGACAAGUUAAAGAUUGAAUUAUUUGCCUGAAAAUGAUCACCCUUUAUUCGUUAAAAUACUACUGUAUAUAAUGGCACAUAUUGCGAGUAUUUUUUUGGUAUUGUACAUACAUAGAUAUAGUUGCAACUGACACCAAUACCAUACUCUUGAUUGGGUAUAUAAUGGGGAGAGAUAAUAUAAAGUUAAAUAGCUGUAUCAAAUGCAUUGAAUGGGUUGUAAGGUGGAGUUUCUCAGGUUCAAGUUUUGGUUCCAUUAGCUGGCCUGGGAAUUGAAUCUGAAUUUGCCUCUUAAGAUGGCAGAUGAACAAUCGUUUUAGUCACUCUCACUCGUAUGUUGUUUUGUUAACUGUUUGAUAUUCAAUAAUACCAUCAUGUUAUACUA